AUGAAGUUCACUGGAUUCACCCUUUCCCUGGCUUUGACCGGCAUGAUCUCUGCCGCCGCCAUCCCCGGUCUCCCUGGCGCUGAUGGCGUAGUUGGUGGUGUCAAGGGUGCCGCAGAGGGUAUUGUCACGGACGUUGCUGCUGGCCACCUCAAGCGCCAGCUCGAAGCCGUCCGCCCUGUCACUGAGGGCGUGGCAAGCUCCCUGAACGGAGGCACUGGCAUUGUUGGUAGUGCUGUUGGUACCGUCGAGAGCACUGGCCAAGGUGCGGUUGGCACUGUCGAAAGCACCGUUGCUGGUGCCACACACAUCAAGCGCCAGUUUGCCGAUGGCGACGCUCUUAACCUUCUGACUUAUGAUGACGGUACUGGCAAGCCAACCCUCAAGAAUGUCGACAACGUCGCCGGCCUUAACCUUAAGCGCCAGUUUGAGGUCGUCCAGCCUGUUACCGAAGGCGUUGCUAGCUCGUUGAACGGUGGUACUGGCAUUGUUGGUAGUGCUGUUGGUACCGCCGAGAGCACAGGUCAGGGUGCGGUUGGCACUGCUGAAAGCACUGUUGCCGGUGUGGGACAUGUCAAGCGCCAGCUCGAGGCCGUUCAGCCUGUUACUGAGGCCGUUGCUGGGUCGCUGAACGGUGGCACUGGGAUUGCAGGUAGUGCUGCAGGCACUGUGGAAAGCACUGGCCAGGGUGCGGUUGGCACUGUUGAGAGCACUGUCGCUGGCGUUGGAUCUGUUGCUAAGCGCCAGCUCGGUAACCUCCCCGCUACUGCCUCCCAGACUGGCACUGAUCUCCUUGCUGGCCUCUCUGGAAACCCUAGCGGCAUCUACGGCGCACUUGCCAACCUCCAGAUGCUUAUCAAGGCUGGCAAGAUCUCUCCCAGUGACAUCUCCAAUCUCCCAGCUGCUUUCCAGCGCAUCGUUGCCAACCUUGCCGUCGCAUAA